GCUCUGGCUCAGCACUCCCUCCGCGCCGCCGAGCCGCGCGGAUGCCCCCGGCCCGGGGCCCGUCUCCCUUAUCAUGCCCGGGCCCCUGGAGGUGACGGCGCGGACACGAUGCCCCAAGAAGAGUCGGAGGGCGGCGUAGACGGCGGCGGCGGGGGGGAGGGGCCCACGCUCAUCCCAGGCGGGGAGCCGCUGCGGGAAGAGCAGCGACCCCUGAAGCAGUCUCUGGGAGGUUCCCUUUGUCGGGAGUCCCACUGGAAGUGCCUCCUGUUGACCCUCCUCAUCCACUCAUGUGGGGCCGUGGUGGCCUGGUGCUGGCUGGCCACCGUGCCCCGGCUGGCCAUUGGCGCCGGCCUUUCCCACGGGACGCCGGCCACCUACCAGGCCAGCCCCUGCUCGGAUGGCUACCUGUACAUCCCGCUGGCCUUCGUCUCCCUGCUCUACCUCCUCUACCUGGCUGAGUGCUGGCACUGCCAUAUGAGGGCCUCGCGGGCGCCGCGCACAGACGUGGUCACGGUGCUGGCCCUGAUCCGCCGGCUGCAGCAGGCCCCGCCCUGCGUCUGGUGGAAGGCCACCAGCUACCACUACGUGCGGCGGACCCGGCAGAUCACGCGCUACCGCAACGGCGACGCGUACACCACCACGCAGGUCUACCACGAGCGGGCCGACAGCCGGACGGCGCGGGGCGAGUUCGACUACUCCGCCCACGGCGUGCGCGACGUCUCCAAGGAGCUGGUGGGGCUGUCCGAGCACCCUGCCACGCGCCUGCGCUUCACCAAGUGUUUCAGCUUCGGGAGCGCCGAGGCCGAGGCGGCGUACCUCACCCAGAGGGCCCGGUUCUUUGGCGCCAACGAGGGCCUGGAUGACUACCUGGAGGCCCGGGAAGGGAUGCACCUGAAGGACGUGGACUUCCGCGAGUCGCUGAUGGUGUUUGCGGACCCCCGCAGCCCCCCCUGGUACGCCCGGGCCUGGGUCUUCUGGCUGGUGUCCGUGGCCACGCUCUCGUGGCCGCUGCGCGUGGUGGCUGCCUACGGCACGGCCCACGUCCAUUACCAGGUGGAGAAGCUGUUCGGGGCCAGCUCGCCGCCCCCCGGCCACGCCCCCGGAGGCCCGUCGCUGUCCCGAGUAGCCACCGUGGACUUCACGGAACUUGAGUGGCACAUCUGCUCCAACCGGCAGCUGGUGCCCAGCUACUCGGAGGCCAUGCUGAUGGGCCCCGGGCCCACGGCCUACCUCAGGGGCUGCCAGCGCUGCCGCCGCUCCGUCAGCAGCAACUCGCUGCCCCCCUCCCGCGCCAGCGGGCCCCGCCUUCCCUUCAGCCGCAGCCGGCUCUCCCUGGGUGGCGGGAGUCGGGCCACGACGGGGGUCUUCCGAAGUCUGAGCGGGGGGCCGCUGGCUCGCCGGGGGGAAGACACCGAGCCCCUGGAGAGCCCCCCCUGUUACCAGGACGCUCUCUACUUCCCGGUCCUUAUCGUCCAUGGAGACGGGGGUUGCCGGGGGGAUGGGCAGGGCGCCAUCUGAGCGCCCCCAGCAGAAGUCGGGUGUUGUGGCGCCAGGGCCCGGCGGGAGAUCCACACACCCGGGGCCCCGAUGAGUGAUCGGUUCUUGUGUAAACCCCAAUGGCAAACGCUCCCAGCGAGGGGUGGGGGGCCCAGGCCACGUGGAGGCCACGCUCGGACGCCGGGGGGGGGGGCGGCUUGGUCCUGGGGAGCAGGACUAGAGCAGGUACUGAGGCCCUUGGGGCGGGCUGGGGGUUGCUAGGGAGAUGUUUACUUGGGCCAAGGGCCCGUUUCCCCAGGGAAAAUCUCCCCUUCGGGGCUGGGGCUCGAAGGCGCUCCGGAGCAGUUCAGACCAAGGGGAAGGGGGGUCCCCUGCUCCGGGAGCUCUGUUCACCCCCAGCUCCUGCUUCCUUGGUCCUUGGGGUGGACCCCUCCUCCCUCAUGGAGAAGCACAAAGGGGAGCAGCUCCCGCCCUCCCCGGGGCUCAGUAUGGGUGCCACAACCAGGACCGGGGCCUGAGGCCUUCUGCCGACCCCAACCCCCAGAGACGGCCGCUCCCGAGACCUCUGAGCUGGCUGACCUGGCCCCGGCUGGGGAAGGGCCUGCGGGCAGCCGCCCGGUGCCAUGCAAAAGGGGGGCAGUGGCCAAAGGCGGCAGGAGGUGGGCCCCACUCCCACCCGUUCAUUCUGUACCCCCGUGUCCCGUCCAAACACUCACUCUUCCCCAGGGGGCCCCUUCUCAGACUCCCCCGGCCCCGUCAUUAUGAGCACCUCCAAGGUGGGCUUUGCUUGUCACCUCCCUCCUCCCUCUCGUCCCCUCCCAUGAGACCCCCUCCUUCCUCUCCUCUCCUCCUCCCUCAGGAGGCUUCCUCUCUUUGCUGUCCUCCCCCCCCAAGGGAGCCAGUGAGGGGUGGGGGGAACUGGGGCAGCAUGUGGGCCCCCCGAGGCUCUGAAAGCCCCCUCUCUUCCUUAAUGUCGUGACCCCCACCCCCGGGGGUGGCCUCGUCCAGGCGCCCCCUGACCUCUCCUUCUGUGAUUCCCGUCCCUGGCCAAGGGCUGACCAAAGGCCCCCCCGCUCCCGGGAGCACCUUGCGGCCUCUAGCGCCCCUCUGGGGAGACGCGGGGCUCAGCCAACAGGAGGCUCCAAGGAAACCAGGAAGAAAUAAAGGUAUGAAACAGC